AUGGCCCCCCGCAAGAGGAGUCGCCAUGGCCUGGGCUUCCUGUGCUGCUUUGGGGGCAGCGGCCUCCCUGAGAUCAACCUCCGGGACAACCACCCUCUGCAGUACAUGGAGUUCUCAAGUCCUAUCCCGAACCCAGAGGAGCUUAACGUCCGCUUUGCAGAGCUGGUGGAUGAAUUGGAUCUCACAGACAAAAACCGGGAGGCUGUGUUCGCACUGCCUCCGGAGAAGAAAUGGCAGAUCUACUGCAGCAAGAAGAAGGUGCCUACUGGGUUCCAGGAGUGGGGCUGGGUCAAGGAGAUGACAGUCUCAGAGAUGACAGUAUCACUCCCUUCCCAUGCCCGCUUGGAGGGCGUGCUGCCUUGUGACAUACCCGAGGGACACUUUGUUGUAAGGACUGAGUUGGAGAUGCAGAGUCUGUAUGCUUUUGAUGAGGAGGAGACAGAGAUGAGGAACCAAGUUGUGGAAGACCUGAAGACGGCUCUCCGGACACAGCCCAUGAGGUUUGUGACACGCUUCAUUGAACUGGAGGGUUUGACUUGUCUGCUGAAUUUCCUCCGGAGCAUGGAUCACGCUACUUGUGAAAGUCGCAUCCACACCUCCCUCAUCGGUUGCAUCAAGGCUCUGAUGAACAACUCCCAGGGGCGGGCACAUGUGCUGGCACAGCCGGAGGCCAUCAGCACCAUUGCACAGAGCCUGCGCACAGAGAACAGCAAGACCAAGGUGGCCGUGCUGGAGAUCCUGGGUGCUGUGUGCUUGGUGCCCGGAGGCCACAAGAAGGUGCUUCAGGCCAUGCUACACUACCAGGUGUAUGCAGCUGAGCGGACACGCUUUCAGACACUGCUGAAUGAGCUAGACCGAAGUUUGGGCCGGUACCGGGAUGAAGUGAAUCUGAAAACAGCCAUCAUGUCCUUCAUCAACGCUGUCCUCAAUGCUGGAGCUGGAGAGGAUAAUCUGGAGUUCCGCCUACAUCUACGGUACGAGUUCCUGAUGCUGGGAAUCCAGCCUGUGAUUGACAAACUCCGGCAGCACGAGAAUGCCAUCCUGGACAAGCAUUUAGACUUCUUCGAGAUGGUCCGGAAUGAGGAUGACUUGGAACUAGCCAGGAGGUUUGACAUGGUCCACAUCGACACCAAGAGUGCUUCUCAAAUGUUCGAGCUGAUCCACAAGAAGCUAAAGCACACGGAGGCCUAUCCCUGCUUGCUGUCUGUCCUGCACCACUGCCUGCAGAUGCCCUACAAGCGGAAUGGUGGCUACUUCCAGCAGUGGCAGCUCCUGGACCGCAUCCUUCAGCAGAUUGUCCUCCAGGAUGAGAGGGGUGUGGACCCUGACCUGGCUCCCUUGGAGAACUUCAACGUCAAGAACAUCGUCAACAUGCUCAUCAAUGAGAAUGAAGUGAAACAGUGGCGAGAUCAGGCAGAAAAGUUCCGGAAAGAACACAUGGAGCUGGUGAGCAGGCUGGAGAGAAAGGAGCGAGAAUGUGAGACAAAGACGUUGGAGAAGGAAGAGAUGAUGCGGACACUGAACAAGAUGAAGGACAAACUGGCCCGAGAGUCCCAGGAGCUGCGCCAGGCUCGAGGACAAGUGGCAGAGCUGGUGGCCCAACUCAGUGAAAUCUCAACAGGACCUGUAUCUUCCCCACCACCCCCUGGGGGUCCACUUACCUUGUCUUCCUCGAUGACAACCAGUGACCUGCCUCCACCCCCGCCCCCUCUACCUUUCGCCUGCUGCCCCCCACCGCCACCACCACCUCUUCCACCUGGUGGGCCUCCCACUCCCCCUGGUGCCCCACCUUGCUUCAGCAUGGGCCUGCCUCUCCCUCCGGACCCCUGCCCCAGCAGUGAUAUCCCACUCAGGAAGAAGUGUGUCCCCCAGCCUUCUCAUCCACUGAAGUCCUUCAACUGGGUCAAGCUUAAUGAGGAACGUGUCCCUGGCACCGUAUGGAAUGAGGUUGAUGACAUGCGGGUAUUUCGGAUUCUGGAUCUAGAGGACUUUGAAAAAAUGUUUUCAGCUUAUCAGAGGCACCAGAAAGAGCUGGGCUCCACAGAGGACAUCUACCUGGCCUCCCGCAAGGUCAAAGAGUUGUCGGUCAUUGAUGGCCGGCGGGCACAGAACUGCAUCAUCCUUCUCUCUAAGCUGAAGCUUUCUAACGAAGAGAUACGGCAGGCCAUCUUGAAGAUGGAUGAGCAGGAGGACCUCGCAAAGGACAUGCUGGAGCAGCUCCUCAAGUUCAUCCCAGAGAAGAGUGACAUUGACCUCCUCGAGGAGCACAAGCAUGAGAUCGAGCGGAUGGCCCGGGCUGACCGCUUCCUCUAUGAAAUGAGCAGGAUCGACCACUACCAGCAGCGACUACAGGCCCUGUUCUUCAAAAAGAAGUUCCAGGAGCGUCUGGCUGAGGCCAAACCCAAAGUGGAAGCCAUCCUGCUGGCCUCCAGGGAGCUGAUCCGCAGCAAGCGUCUAAUGCGGAUGCUAGAGGUCGUCCUGGCCAUUGGCAACUUCAUGAACAAAGGGCAGCGUGGGGGUGCCUAUGGGUUCCGGGUGGCCAGCCUCAACAAGAUUGCAGACACCAAGUCCAGCAUUGACAGAAACAUCUCUCUACUCCAUUACCUGAUCAUGAUCCUGGAGAAGCACUUCCCGGACAUCCUGAACAUGCCCUCAGAGCUACAGCAUCUUCCAGAAGCCGCCAAAGUCAACCUGGCAGAGUUGGAGAAGGAGGUGGGUAACCUCAGGAGGGGCCUCAGAGCGGUUGAAGUGGAGCUAGAAUAUCAGAAGCGUCAGGCACGGGAACCAAAUGACAAGUUUGUCCCAGUCAUGAGUGACUUCAUCACGGUCUCCAGCUUUAGUUUCUCAGAGCUGGAAGACCAGCUCAAUGAGGCCAGGGACAAGUUCUCCAAGGCUCUGAUGCACUUUGGGGAGCAGGACAGCAAGAUGCAGCCGGACGAAUUCUUUGGAAUCUUUGACACCUUCCUGCAGGCCUUCUCGGAGGCCCGGCAGGACCUGGAGACCAUGCGGAGGAGGAAAGAGGAGGAGGAGCGGCGCGCGCGCAUGGAAGCCAUGCUGAAGGAGCAGAGGGAGCGGGAGCGGUGGCAGCGGCAGCGGAAGGUCCACGCGGGCAGCACGCUGGAGGAAGGAGGCGAGUUUGACGACCUGGUGUCCGCCCUGCGCUCGGGGGAAGUUUUUGACAAGGACUUAUGCAAGCUCAAGCGCAGCCGCAAGCGGUCGGGGAGCCAGGCCCCGGAAGUCACCCGGGAACGGGCGAUCAGCAGGCUAAAUUAUUGA